AUGAACACCUCCUCCAUAUGCUAUGAAAGUUUUAUCGUAGAGACCACAACUGGCAGACGGCUGUCUUACUGCCUGCAAAUACUUACUGCGGUUAUUUCGCUGGCCAUUACUAUUAAAGCCGUCAAAUCUAGGAGCCUUCGGCAUGUCCCAGCUCAUCCAAAUUUCAAGGUAGGUUGAAGAAGUUUUUUUCUACCCUUUCUGUCAUUUCUAUUCGAACGUAUCGAUUUUCUUUCUAGCUUAUGGUUGCAAACAUUGCUGUCAUCACAGUCUUUCAUGCUGUCGGGGUCAUCAUUGAAUGCAUAAUUCCUCUCGCAAAUUCGCUGUUUGCAACUCCGACCAACUGUCUGACAGUUGUGGAAAACGCAACAUGCACUGCCUUAAAGAUGGCUCCAUUUACUAGCAUCCCAAUGUUUGCAUUUAUGCAUGCAGCAAUGUUUAUUGAACGCUGCAUGGCAUAUUUUAAAAGGGAAAACUACGAAAAUUCAUCUACAACAUUUGGACUGUCUUCCACUUUGCUCAAUGUGAGUUGCUCACAACUUUGAAGGUAUACCACGGUACUAAAAAUCUCGUAUUUUUCAGUGGAUUUUAUGUUCCAUUUACGGCGCAUAUGCGCAGGGUGCAUUCGAUUUGGAACGUGUCCUUGUAGCUGAUUGUUUUGAAACAAUGCCACAGAAUCGUUAUCGAGUUGCGUACCUGUUCCAGUUCAGUGUUUCAGUAGACGGACUUAUGGCAGUUGGAGUUAUCGGACUUUGGAUUUUGGUGAAAAGAGAAAACAACAGAGAAGACUGGGCUUUGCAACGAGGAAUUAAAAUAAAGUCAGUGUGAAUGGUCGCAGAAUUUGUUAAAAUCAACAGCCACAGGCCUAUCGGCUGCUGUUAGUGGUAUUUUACAGGCACAUCAGCUUCAACGGGCAGAGUUAAUUUCGAAUCUUUUAGCUCGACCAAAGUCUACUCAUUGUCUAAAGUUUACCAACGGCGGGAGAACCUUCAACUCGUCGGAAUUCUGUUUCCAACAGCUAUCGUCUGCUUUCUUGGGCAUUUCGCCUUCAUAGUUAUCGGGUAUUCAGUUCGCCGAAACAUCAGAAAUUAUGUCAAGACGACUUCGUUUGAGAUCCUGAGGAAAUAUGGAGAUGAUAUUGUUCCUUUUCUUAUUGGCUCAGUCCAUGUCGUGAGUUUUCAAACAAAUAAUGUCACGUCCCAUUUCUAGAUGUUCACGAUGCUGACGAUCGUUACGGUGCUGAUGUACGUUAAAAUGGGCGAGCGGCUGAUGAAAGAGAGAAUGGAAAUUACGAAUAGACAAGAUGCGGAUACUGCUUUCAAACUCUUUCGGCUUCACAUUUCCUAA